AUAAUUGGCUCAAGAAGAAGAACAUCCGGAGCGCUCUGCUCUGCGCAUGUCACAACUCCGCAUGAGCGAAUGCUAUUGUUUUUCUUUUUCAUCCUUCUCUGAAAUUCAGUUUCCUUCCGUGUGAAAUGCCACCAAAGGGUAAAGGUGGCAAGGGCGGGAAAGGAGCUGCUUCCGGAAGCGCAGACGCCGAUAAGAAAGAGAAGACCCCUAAGGGAGGCACCGCUGUGAAGGUUCGACACGUCCUCUGUGAAAAACAUGGAAAAUGCAUGGAAGCGAUGGAGAAACUGAAGACUGGAGUCCGUUUCAGUGAAGUGGCAUCACAGUACAGUGAAGACAAAGCCAGACAAGGAGGUGAUCUGGGUUGGAUGACGCGAGGGUCGAUGGUUGGACCUUUCCAGGAUGCAGCAUUUGCCCUUCCUGUCAGUUCCAUGGAUAAACCUGUCUACACAGACCCGCCUGUCAAGACCAAGUUUGGUUACCACAUCAUUAUGGUCGAGGGGAAAAAGUGACGUGGGCAAUGGGGAAGGCUCAACAUCUGAAAUUAGGAUGUUAAAAUUCUACAGAUAAUGAUGAUUCUCUGUUUUCACCUUUUUUUAAAGAAUAUUUAAAAAGGGAUUCUAUGUAAUGCUGACAAGUUUGUCUUUGUUAAAUGCAUAUUACCGUACUGACAAUUAAGCCUGAAGAAAUAUUUUUUACAAGCUUCAUUUUUACCUUCACAUAAUCACCUAGGUUUUUCUUUUCAGUUACACAAAUAAAUACAUUUUCUUUCAUGUA